UUGCUUCCGCUUCGCCUGUUCCGGUCCUCUUUCCUGCCUCUCGUUCAAGAUGACUAAGAAGAGAAGGAACAACGGACGCGCAAAGAAGGGCCGUGGACAUGUCCAGCCCAUCCGCUGCACUAACUGUGCCCGCUGCGUUCCUAAGGACAAGGCCAUCAAAAAGUUUGUCAUCAGGAACAUUGUGGAGGCCGCUGCUGUGAGAGACAUCUCAGAGGCCAGCGUGUUUGACUCAUAUGUAUUGCCCAAGCUCUACGUGAAGCUGCAUUACUGUGUUAGCUGCGCCAUCCACAGUAAAGUGGUGAGAAACAGAUCCAGUGAUGCUCGUAAGGACCGAACACCACCACCUCGCUUCAGGCCUAGUGGCCCUCCCCCAAGGGCACCUCCAAAACCCAUGUGAGGAUAAUCGGCAAUUACAUCCUGUGCAUUUUAUGCACAAAUAAAACAAUGAAGAUCA